UGUCAAACAUUGAAAUUGGGUUUGUCGUGCACAAAAAUACUAAAUAUUUAUUUAUAUUGGUGUUUGUGAACGAUAAAAGAAAGAUUUUAUUAAUUAGCGAUGUCGGUGCCGCCACAGGCGUUUGUGAAUAAGCAUAAAAAGCAUUUCCUUGGCAUUCCAGCGCCGUUAGGUUAUGUAGCUGGUGUUGGAAGAGGGGCUACUGGUUUCACCACCCGAUCUGAUAUUGGCCCGGCCCGAGAUGCCAACGAUGUAUCCGAUGACCGCCACGCUCCACCGGCUGCCAAAAGGAAAAAAACUGAGGAAGAGGAUGAUGAUGAAGAUCUUAAUGACUCCAACUACGAUGAGUUCUCUGGAUACAGCGGAUCAUUGUUCUCAAAGGAUCCUUAUGACAAAGAUGACGCUGAAGCUGAUGCAAUUUAUGAAUCCAUAGACAAACGCAUGGAUGAAAAACGAAAAGAAUACAGAGAGAAGCGUCUGAAAGAAGACUUGGAAAGAUAUCGUCAAGAGAGGCCCAAAAUCCAGCAGCAGUUUUCAGAUCUUAAACGAGAGUUAAAGCAAGUAUCUGAAGAUGAAUGGGCAGCCAUCCCAGAAGUCGGAGAUGCUCGCAACAGGAAACAAAGGAACCCUCGUGCUGAGAAGUUCACACCUUUACCUGACAGUGUGUUGUCAAGGAAUUUAGGAGGGGAGUCUACUUCGUCCAUAGAUCCUGGGUCUGGUCUGGCGUCAAUGAUGCCUGGUGUGAUGACUCCAGGAAUGUUAACACCAUCAGGUGAUCUGGAUCUCAGGAAGAUCGGUCAAGCCAGAAAUACACUUAUGACUGUCAAAUUGUCACAAGUGUCAGAUUCAGUCACUGGGCAGACCGUUGUAGAUCCCAAAGGCUACUUGACAGAUCUACAGUCUAUGAUCCCUACGUAUGGUGGGGAUAUAAACGACAUCAAGAAAGCUAGAUUAUUGCUGAAGUCUGUAAGAGAGACUAAUCCGAACCAUCCGCCUGCUUGGGUAGCUAGUGCUAGAUUGGAAGAAGUCACAGGCAAGAUCCAGUCUGCCCGUAACCUAAUCAUGAAGGGCUGUGAAGUGAACCCAAGCAGCGAGGAGUUGUGGCUGGAAGCGGCUCGCUUGCAGCCGCCUGACACAGCUAGAGCCGUCAUAGCGCACGCGGCUAGGAACCUGCCGCAUAGUGUCAGGAUAUGGGUGAAAGCUGCUGACCUGGAACAAGAAACUAAGGCAAAACGCCGCGUAUUCCGCAAGGCCUUAGAACACAUUCCCAACUCGGUCCGUCUCUGGAAAGCAGCCGUCGAGUUGGAGAACCCUGAAGACGCCAGGAUCCUACUAUCCCGAGCGGUGGAAUGUUGUCCCACUAGCGUCGAGCUGUGGCUAGCCCUGGCCAGGCUGGAGAGCUAUGAGAACGCAAGGAAGGUUCUCAACAAGGCCAGAGAGAACAUACCCACGGAUAGACAGAUCUGGGUGACUGCGGCUAAGUUGGAAGAGGCUCACGGCAACACUCACAUGGUGGAAAAGAUCAUAGACCGUGCGAUCACGUCGCUCAGCGCAAAUGGUGUGGAAAUCAAUCGCGAGCACUGGUUCAAAGAGGCAAUGGAAGCAGAGAAAUCAGGAGCGGUACACACAUGCCAGGCCAUCAUUCGUGCUGUUAUCGGUCAUGGUAUAGAGCCCGAAGACCAGAAACACACUUGGAUGGAAGAUGCUGAAGCUUGUGCAAACGAAGGAGCGUACGAGUGUGCGCGGGCCGUAUACGGAUACGCUCUGUCAGUCUUCCCGUCUAAGAAGUCCAUUUGGCUCCGAGCCGCCUACCUCGAGAAGCAACACGGCACCAGAGCUAGCCUCGAAGCCUUGCUGCAGAGAGCCGUAGCCCACUGCCCCAAGUCCGAAGUGCUUUGGCUAAUGGGGGCCAAGUCCAAGUGGCUUGCUGGUGACGUCCCCGCGGCGCGUGGUAUUCUUUCGCUGGCUUUCCAGGCCAACCCCAACUCUGAGGAGAUCUGGCUCGCCGCCGUCAAGUUGGAGAGUGAGAAUAAGGAGUAUGAUAGAGCCAGGCGGCUGCUGGCCAAAGCACGGGCUUCUGCUCCUACGCCUAGGGUAAUGAUAAAGUCUGCGAAACUAGAAUGGGCACUAAAUAAUCUAGAAGUAGCUCUAAAGUUAUUAGAAGAGGCUAUCAAAGUGUUCGGCGACUACGCGAAACUGCACAUGAUGAAAGGCCAAAUAGAGGAACAAAUGAACAAAGAUGAGGACGCGCAUAACACUUAUACACAGGGGCUGAAGAAAUGUGCAGCCAGCGUGCCAAUGUGGAUACUUUUGUCAAGGCUAGAAGAGAAAUUAAAACACGUCACUAAAGCGAGAUCAGUGCUUGAAAAGGCUAGAUUGAGGAAUCCAAAGAAUGCUGAAUUAUGGCUAGAGAGUGUAAGACUGGAAAGGCGGAACGGCAGUGUGGAGAUAGCAAACGCUGUGAUGGCGAAAGCUUUGCAAGAGUGCCCCAACGCCGGCCGACUGUGGGCCGAGGCCAUCUUCAUGGAGUCUCGGCCGCAGAGGAAGACUAAGAGCGUGGACGCGCUAAAGAAGUGCGAGCACGAUGCUCACGUGCUACUCGCGGUGUCUCAACUGUUCUGGACGGAGAGGAAGCUCAACAAGUGUCGGGAAUGGUUCAACAGAACGGUAAAAAUCGACCCGGACUUAGGCGACGCGUGGGCUUACUUCUACAAGUUCGAGUUACUACACGGCAACGAGCAACAGCAAGAAGAUGUCAAAUCUCGCUGCAAGACCGCCGAGCCUCACCACGGGGAGCGCUGGUGCGCCGUCUCCAAGGAUAUCGCCAGUUGGUGCUUUAGCACUGAACAGAUACUGCUACUGGUGGCCAAGAGCCUGCCAGUGCCCACUUAAUCUGGAUGCUCCGCCGCUACAAAUUCCAGCAUCUCGAAGGCAUUUGGUUCCCGAACGCGCCGCGUCUCACACGAGACACGGUGGAACUGCUCAUGGAGACAUGCCCCAGUCUCCAGAGUCUAGGGCAGCUCAGUGGCUGGCAAUUUACUCCUGAUGACAUGAUGCUCAUGAGAGCUAUCAUUGCGAGCACCAACACAGACCUAGUCCUGUCUCCGUUGGGUAUCUUCCAGCAGGGAAAUUAGGUUGUUCUAUCAAUAAGCUAUCAAUAAGCUAUCAAUAGAUCGAACGAAAGGAAACGAUGAUUCAACUUUGCAUUUGAACUUUGGUAAUUUUAUCGAUCGAUUUUAUACGUGUUUGUAGUAAUAAGAUCGCUUCUGUAUAUUUGUAAUGUAAUGACUAUUUAUUAUUGAUUUUUACCGCAUAAAAUAUCAGGUUUCAAAAUUAAGACGGUUGUUGCAUCCACGUGGCAAAUGUCUUUCUUGAAAAAUGUAUGUUAUAAAAACAAGUUCAUCUUCAUUGAUUUGAUUUUUUUUAAAUAAAACAGUUAAAGUGGUUCUAAAAUUGGUUAAACAAGUCUAUAGAUGAUGUCUGUCUUAUCAAUCUAGUCAACUUCAGUGCAUUAUUAUAGGGUUUUGGUCGGGUAAAAAAUAAAUAAACCUUUUUAUAAAAUGAAUUAUUUUUAUUUCAAUAAUUGCUCGACAAUAUCAAAAUGAGCACCAUUACAUUACAUUGAAAUCACUGAUCAGAGUAAAAAAAUAAAACUAAAUCACUAAUCUAAACCGACGCCAGCCAGUACCUACUAAAGAGGCAAAUAAUUCACAAGACCGACUGGGUGGUUCCAUAAGGCGCGCAACACAGACUAGUAAAAACUGUCGUGAUAAAACGCUUUAUGCCUCAAAGGCAUAAAAAAGGCAAAUUUUAAAGUCCACAAGUAUUAUAAGAUGGAAAAAACUACCAAAGGCAGUUCAACAGAAAUGUGCACGCACAUUUUCACAAUAAAAAGCUCAUAAGUGGACUGUGGACACUCGUACCCUCAAACAUGAUAGUUUUUGUGUUGUUUGUUGAUACGAGUGCUUUUAUAGUGUGUCUCAAUUUGUACAGAAAUAUAACAGGGUGCCAGUUAUCAUAAGAAAAAAUAAGACAGGAUGAAGAAUUUGGAAAAACCUCUGAAUUAUAUUUUCAACCUGUUCAAACAAUGUAUAAAAUAACAAACAGUUCCACUGAAAUUAACCAACAUUUUUAAAAAAUAAAUAAAUAAUUAAAAAAUAUAUAUAUCUGAAAUUGAUUACAGGCUCCACUGUUAAAUUUUUAUACAUUAGAGACAUUUACAAAUAUUUGUCUGUAACCAACCAGAUUAUGUCAUUUUAAUACAAUACAAAUUAAUGAAAUUGAAAUGUCUAUUUGUAAUGCGAAUACAACAGCUUUUACUAUUAUGAAAGUAUGUACGGUACUACGUAUAACAAAAUAAAUAUUUUUUUACAUAAAUUACUAAACGGGUGGACCGAUUUUGACUGAACUUUCACUGGCAGAUAGCGGAUGUUAUAAGGGAUCGUCCAUUAAUAUCACAUUGAAAAUGUGCUGAAUACAUGCUUUUAAAGUUGUUAGUACUUAAAAAAAUCCUGAAAAUUUUUGUUCCAAAAAUAUCUCUAUAAAUCUGACUCUUCAGAGGAUGAUUCGCCCUUGAUUUCUUGUUGGUAUUGUUUUGUUAGUGCUUCAUCAGGAUCCUCAUCAGAUUCUAAUAUGUACUUGUAAAAUAAAGCUUGAUCCCUGUGGCAGCAAAAUGAAUUGAACUAUUGUGGUAUGAUCAAAUUCGUAUAUGUUCC